CCGGCUUUUUUUUUUUUUUUGUCUUUUUUUCCUUUUACCUCCAGGCGAACCCAGCUCGCGGGUUUGUGAUGAACCCAGGUGCCUGGGUUCAUCGUGAACCCAGGAUGAACCCAACUCACGCGACUGGGUUCGCGACCGGGUUGGCAAUGAACCCAAGAUGUCCAUUUUGUAUUGGGAUUCGGUCUAUUGAAAUGAGAUUGCAUGUCAGCAAGGGAGAUGGGUUUGGGUUUGGUGUUUAUGGGGCGUUACAGUUUGUUGAGGCGGCACAGUAUUGGAACGGGAAGGAAUGUCCGGCGAAUAAGCAGUUUGCGUCGUUGUGUGAUCCUUCUUUUGUUCACAUCGCUAUGACACUGGAUUUGGAGUACCUCCGUGGCUCCAUCGCCGCCGUGAACUCCAUCAAUCACCAUGCAUCCUGCCCGGACAACAUCUUCUUCCAUUUCAUUGCAGCGGAGUUCGACCCAGCCAAUCCGCGGUUGCUAAACCAAAUAGUCCGAUCUACUUUACCGUCGCUCAAAUUGAAAAUCUAUAUUUUCAGAGAAGACAAGGUGAUUAACCUCAUUUCUUCCUCAAUCCGGGAAGCACUGGAGAAUCCCCUGAAUUUUGCCAAAAUCUAUCUGGGAGACAUUCUGGACUCUUGCGUUGGUCGUGUCAUCUACCUCGACUCCGACAUCCUCCUCGUCAACGACAUUCGCGUGCUCUGGAACACCAAAUUGACGAACACACGAGUCAUCGGCGCACCGGAGUACUGCCACGCCAAUUUCACCAAUUAUUUCACCCUUGCAUUCUAGUCGGACUCGGUUUUAGCCCGGGUAUUCAAAUCCAGAAACCCCUGUUACUUCAACACUAGCGUUAUGGUGAUGGAUUUGGAGCGAUGAAGAGAGGGAAACUACAAGAAGAUAAUGGAGAACUGGAUGGAGGUUCAAAAGAAACGGCGGAUUUACAA